CCUCGAAUGAAGAGGAAGCUAAAAUCGAUGUAUUUUCAUCUUCUUGGUUUGGACAGGAGUAGCCUAAUAUCAUGCGAAUAUCAUUUUUAUUUUUGAGCCGUUUACAUAGCGGGACCUCGUUUACAUGCUGAUUGAUUUUAGUUCAACAUGUCUUCAUCUGCAACUACAACUAUCCCACCUAUGCUGACAGCGGAUCAGCCAACGGUCAUCGUGGCUUCGGUGUCCUGCCUGCUCUUCUUCGUAGUGAUUCUCAUGCUCCUGGUGGUCUUGUACAGGAAAGACCCUUUCUGCUGCAGGGUGUGGAACUACCAGGCCACCCAGCACUAUACAGACACUCCAUCCCAGUACAACAGAAGACAGUCUCCCUACGAUGAACAUACUGCUGCCAUGGCCCACAGAAACGUUGGAUCCCAGGUGAAAAAAAGCCUCUGUCUUUACAUAGUAGGGGAGAGCGGGCUUCCAGGGAGGCUUUUUAUUAUCGGUAAGCCCAGCAGCUACCACCUGGAUGGGACCCUGCCCCGCCUUCCGUCCUACGAGAGCGUCCGUAAGAAGGACCGUCAGAAACAGAUCCACUCUAUGAUAUCCGACCGCUUUGGUCUCAGCCCCACACAGUCUGAAACGGAGCCUCCGACGUAUGAGGAGACUCUUCGCCAGUCCGUGAUCAUCACCUCUGAAGACCUACAGUCUGUUGAGGCACUUCCCUCAGACCUCCCUCUCUCCACCUCUACCUCCAGCCUUAAACACACAGUGACAAUAGAGCCCCGUCACCCCACCACCCUAUUCAGAGCCCCAUCCGGGAACUCUUCCCUGUCUAGACCAGGGGCUCUUUGAGGUCCGGAGCACUACUGGUUUUCUACUUUGCAUUUUAACUAGAGACUCAUGCACCCUUUGCAAGAGGAAAGAAGACAAAUCAACAAAGAAAGAGACUGUCAUGAUAAUGAAUGACUCAGUUUCACUCAGAGUUUGUCAUCCUGAGACUAACGCUCUCAACUCUGACUGUCGUCUGUUGGUGUAGUGAGUGCUUUAACAUGACUGUAUGAAGUAAAUGGCUUGAUAUCCUGCCACUGGCAAUGGCAAUGAUAUCCUUUAUCAGCUAAAUAAUCAAAUAAGCCUACAUUUCAAACUCUAGACACGCUCCAGUGUGUGGAAAGAAGAUGUCCGCACCUGAGAAGCAGACAUCUUAUGCUUCAUCACAACGUCCAAAGUCGUAGACAACCACAAAACCAGGACAUUGUCUCGGGUCAAACAUGUUAAUGAAAAAUCAAAAUCUCCUUGUUUCAAAAGAACACCGAGCUAUGAAUACCCAGCUACCUGACAUGUGAUGAUGACGGCUUUGAGUGUAGGGCCAGACCAGAGAGCUGUUGUGGUUGAACGCAUCACAAAUGAUUAACACUACUGAGACAGACA